AUUUGUCGUGUUUUUACAUCACUCGUCUGGGUCUGAGCAUUGUUCAAUAAAAAUAUAAAAGUUUUCAUAAAAUAUGAAAAAGUAAAUUUUCUAAUGUGUGCUUGUGAUACAAUUGAAAGGCAUUAUUCUGUAACAAUAUUAAAUGUGAAAAGUUUUAUUUUGUGACGACUGGAAAGUAUGGUGCAUGAUCGUUCGCAAAAAUGAAGUGCAGUUUAAAUAAUAAAACCAAAAGAAGAGUAUCAAUAGAGAGAUAAAGUUGAACAGAGAACGAUGGAUGAUGAAGAAGCUGAUUUGCGUGAGCAAAUAUUCCACAACAAUGUUCGAGAGCAGAUAAUAUUCCUGCUUUUGUUUAUACUUCUGUACCUCUUCUCGUUUAUGCUAAUCGAGAAGUUUCGUCACCGGGACAGUGAAGAUUUAUUGAGCUCUGAUGAAGACGAAGUAAAGGUGUACAGGAUAAGUUUGUGGCUGUGCACAUUUGCACUGGCGGUAUCCCUAGGCUCAGCACUGUUGCUGCCCGUGUCGAUAGUCAGCAAUGAAGUGCUUAUAUUGUACCCAAAUAGUUACUAUGUCAAGUGGUUGAACAGUUCUCUCAUACAAGGUUUAUGGAACCAUGUGUUUCUAUUCUCUAACCUCUCGUUAUUUGUGUUCCUGCCAUUUGCCUAUCUAUUUUCGGAAUCCACUGGGUUCCCUGGCUACAGAGGUUUGAAGGGACGCGUCUACGAAACCUUCAUUGUGCUGGCUCUACUAGGAGUAGUUAUGCUUGGUCUUGCUUAUGUUAUAUCCGCCUGGUUAGAGGGUGACAGAUCCAGUCUUGAUGCUUUAUUAAAUUUAUGGACAUAUCUGCCGUUCUUGUACUCCUGUGUAUCUUUCGUCGGUGUUUUGAUGCUGCUUGUAUUCACCCCGCUUGGUUUCGUGAGACUUUUCGGCGUGGUCGGCGGUGUCUUGGUCAAGCCCCAGUUCCUAAGGGAUCUCAAUGAGGAGUAUAAUGUGCACUCGUGUGAAAAGCAGACCACGCAGCGACGUAUCAACAAUUCGCUUGCUACAGGUGGAAGCUACAUAUCACCAGAGCCGAUGUGCCCGAGCCGCGGCGACCUCUCGGGUCUGAGGAACGGAGCCCUGCAAGCUGGCCUUAAUGAGCAGCUCGAGAAGAUUGAUGCUAAGAUCAAGGAGGUAGAUAACCAACGGAAGACAUCACCCCUGCAGCGGAAUGUCGCCUACCCAUUAGCGAUGUUGCUGCUUCUGGCGCUCACAACCAUAACCGUGCUGAUGGUGCUGCAGAACACUCUAGAACUGCUCAUAGGAAUUAAGGCGCUGCCGUUGAGCACUCGUCAAUUCACACUGGGCAUCGCAUCGCUAUCCAAACUGGGGUGGGCGGGUGCUACAUUGGAGGCAUUCCUUAUCCUAUACUUGCACGCCGCCUCCCUCACGGGUCUGGCUACCCCUAUGAGCAUGUUGCGAGUGUUGCCUCGCGCGAGGCAAACGCCGCUCACGAGGAUCAUAGCGCUGUGUGCGGUGCUACUUGCGCAUUCUACUGCGCAGCCGCUGCUCGUUAAGAUAUUAGGUAUAACGAAUUUCGAUCUGCUCGGCGAGUUCGGUCGCAUCGAGUGGCUCGGCAACUUCAAGCUGGUGUUGCUAUACAACGCGAUAUUUGCGGCAACCGUGACCUUCUGCCUCGUCAGCGAGUUCACGGCGAGCGUACGCCGCGAGCUCUACAACAGAUUUAAAUGGCUGACCGAUGUUUUUGUAAUGCAAGAAAACUUGCAUUUGUCAAAAAUAGUAUCGCCUAUAGCAAGAUUAUCAACGGAACGCACAGUUACUGCUGAGAAGACUGAUCCAAACCAUGAUAAAAUAAAAAAGAACAUUUAAAAACGUAAGUAGAAAGAAACAAUGGAGUCUUUGGGACAUUCUGCAAGGAAAUUAGAAAAAAAUGUAGGUACGCCCGCCUUUAUACAAUCUUGGAAGAUAUUCAAAUUAGGUAAAGGAAAGAAAUUCAUCUUUAGUUAUAAGUUUGUAGGUAGUUACUAUUUAAGAAUGAUCUUAGUGAUCCAUGAGAUAUUUUUACGGGCUAAGGUUCGAAGAUUUAAAAUAAGAACAACUGGUGAUGACUCUGGUGAAACUUUAAUCGGCUUUUCAAUCCAAGGUUCCAGAACACACCUGCAAUCGGAGGCUAAUCGUAGACCAGAAUGGUGGCGGAGACUAAGCAAUUGGCACACACACCUGUACACUGGUUUUAUUUGGCAGUUGUCAUGCUAAAACUCUCAGAGCAGACAAACAUGGCUGCGAUGUUGGCUGAUGCUGGCUUUUAUACCCCAUAUUUAAUUAAGAUCUAGAAAGAGACUAAAUGUUACGGUGAUUGUAAAUCAGAAACUAAAUUUUUUCUUCCAAAAUCACUUAAGAGUUAUCUUCAGUACGUUUCGAGGUGUAGAUAUUUACCUACGUGUUAACGCGCCAUUAUGAACUUUAAGUAUCUUGUAAAAGUGGUAUUCACUUUCAAGUAACUUUUGGGAGGGUCUACUGACGCUUCGUUUCCUGUGCAGGGUUGCCACUCCAGCGCAUAGUUACCACUUAUAAUAGCUCUUUUUGUAGCCCGUCGAUUAAUCCUAAACUUCCUAUGAGGUCCAUAGUUAGCAACCAUGUUUCGUUGUCAUAUAAGUCAUCACUAGCGACACACUGUUCGAAAACUUUUUCAAAACCUUAGGAAUUUUUUAUGUAAAAAAAUCUCUAAAAGUUUCUCGAACGCUGCCUAUGCCUCUUGAACCUUUAGGCAAUAAAAAAAUUCUGUAUGAUAAAUCCAGCAACUAUCAUAUUUAAAACUUAUUACAGUAUGUACAUUCAGGACAGUAUAUUUCUAUAUACUGAACUGAAUGUACAGUGUUCCAAUUAAAUACAUUUUAAUAAUUAUACCUAUAUUGUUCAAACUAAAGACUAUAUUUUAAGGUGAAAUCAUCUAAU